CAUUUCGUUCUCCCACGGUGGAUGGAAUCGCUACCAUGUCCUCCCCAAGUUGAGAUGAUGGAUACAACUUCACUACUCUCUUACAUUCUUGUAAUGGAGGCGAAUAGACCAGAGUUUAAGGAUACCUUUGGAAUUCAUAAAGCAAAGGAGACAAUUCUCAGUAAAGAAGCUGAAGCUGACUCUAAUCAAAAGCGAUGGGUUGGGACUUGGGUCAGUCUGCUUCUAGUUUAUGCUGGUUCCUUCCUCUGUGAGUCAGUCCCUGGAAUUUCAACUUUCUCUUCUCACCUUGUAGCUCUGUCGGAUAAACUGAUUGAGUUUAAAGUCUAUGAGAUUGAAAAACAAUCUGGUGGGUUGAUGGGUUACCUGAAACGCGGAAGCAAAAUAUCACUAGUCGCAGGAGGAGGAUCACCGGCGUUGUUCUAUUAUGUAUACACGGAGCUCCCAGGAAAUCCAGUCUUAGCAUCCUCCAUUGGCAUUGUGGGGUCGGCGGCACUGACAGGGAUAAUGGGAUCACGUUACCUAAGGACGAGGAAAGUGGUACCGGCUGGAGUUGUGUCGGUGGUGUCACUCGUGAUGACUGGAGCUUACUUACACGGCCUCAUUCUCUCAAUAUCAGAUAUGGUAGCUCAAGAUGAAAAUCUCGGUGAGAGUUUGAGCAGGAAUGAUAAUAUCCUAGUGAAACUAAAGAAGGCGGCUCAAGAUGGAGAUAUAGAAAGACUCUAUGAGUUGAUAAGAGCAGAUGAAAACAUUCUAGGUCACUUUGAUAAAAUGCUUUUUUGUGAGACGCCACUACACAUUGCAACUGAAAAUGGGCAAACUCAUUUUGCCAUCGAAGUAAUGACCCUUAAGCCGUCGCUUGCUUUGAAGCUCAACGUGUCAGGUUUCAGUCCAAUGCAUUUAGCACUGCAAAACAACCACAUUCGAAUGGUGAGAGGGUUUGUGGCAAUCGACAGCAGCUUAGUCCGCAUCAAAGGAAGAGGAAGGAUUACUCCUUUGCAUCAUGUGGCUAAAAUAGGUGAUGCAGAAUUGUUGAGUGAGUUCUUGUUUGCUUGUCCUUCUUCUGUAAACGAUUUGACGAUUAAGUGUGAGACCGUUGUGCACAUUGCUGUGAAGAACCACCAGUUUAUGGCGUUUAAGGUUCUAUUGGGAUGGGUCAAGAGAGUAAACAGAGAGGAAAUCUUGGACUGGAAGGAUGAAGAUGGUAACACAGUCUUCCAUAUUGCUGCAUCGAUAAAUCAGACUGAGGUCAUGAAGUUACUGCGUAAAACCGUUAAAGUAACAGCCAAGAACUUGGAUGGCAAAACCGCGAUGGACAUACUUCAAACUCACCAGUCUCCUUGUUUGCCUGGUCCAAGAAGCCUACUCCAUAUUGCUAAAGAAAAACUAGUUUGUCGUUCCACAACAACUCUUGCAGGAUAUUUGAGCAAAGAUCUUUCGUUUAUUGAGAAACAGAACACUCUCUUGGGAUUGAGCAAAUUCAGCAUGAGUAUAGACAGUUCGCGAAGCACUAGUAACCAUUACAAAUCAAAUCUUGUGGUGGCUAUACUGAUGGUAACAGCUACAUACACGGCUGGUGUGUGUCCUCCAGGAGGAUUUUGGCAGGAGACUAAAGAUGAUCACUUCGCUGGGCAGAUGACUAUGGAUUUUAAUAAUGCUUUCAUUUUUAUUAGCCUCACUGGAUUUGCCUUCUUAUUAUCUCUUUAUGUGAUCAUAAUCCUUAUAAUUGGACUCCCCAUGUGGAAGUUAAUCUAUGGUUCAACGGUGGCUUUAGGCAUCGCUAUCUCAUCAUCGUACGCCACUAUAUUCCCGAAUCCAGAAUCUUCCACCGAGAUUUACUCAGUGAUCGUCUUCUUCUUUGCAUUCCCAUUGAUUAUACUAUCCAUGUUGCUUACUAUUUUCGUGGCAUUCUUUGUUGAUAAACGUCGCCGGCAACAAGUGGACUUCCCUGCGAGAUGCUUCAGCUCAUCACUAUGAACGUGAAGCCUUCAAAAGUCGUAACUGUUAUAUAUAUCUGGAAUCAGUUUUUCUUUUCCUUGGAAUUAUUACUACUAUUUACGAUGUUUACGGAGGCUUUCUAUAUCCAUGCGGAAGAUGUUUUGUUAAA